AUGGCCGACCCUUCCCAACCCAACGGGUCUGAGCAGCCCUCCACACCAGCUGAGACUGCCGACUCUGCUAUCAAACCCGAACCUGACCUCGACCCUUCCAUCGAGCAGGAUAUCGACAUGAACGCCGACGGAACAGCGCAGAGCGCCAAUGCCGAGGAUGCCGUGGAUCCCAUCGCCCCCGCGCCGACACCCUCCAAGAAGGAGACCAGUCUCCGCGAGUUCUUGAGUAAAAUGGAUGAUUAUGCGCCGAUCAUCCCCGACGCAGUCACGGCUCACUACCUCACCCUCGCGGGCCUACCACCACCGGGAACAGGCCCCAACCAGACUCCACCCCACCUCGCCCGCCUCCUCGCGCUCGCAACGCAAAAGUUCGUCUCCGACAUCGCCGCAGACUCCUAUCAAUUCGCCCGCAUCCGCGCCUCGAACAGCUCCUCCGCUAACAACCCGAUGGGCAGCUUAACCGUCGCCUCUGGCCUCGGCGGCCCAGGAGGCCCCGCGGCUCCAGUGGCCGGCGACGGAGGAAAAGGCAACAAAGCCAACACACACCUCGGAAUCCAGCGCGCCGGAUUUGGUGGUGGUGGUUCAGGCGGUACAGGCCAAGGUCGAACCGUCUUGACGAUGGAGGAUCUGGGCAUGGCUGUGUCGGAAUAUGGCGUGACUGUCAAGCGGGGCGAGUUCUACCGGUAA